CCUCGGAGCGGUGAUGGUACCCUGUGUCUGUCAGUGACAAUCUUCCGACGAGGAUGUCCGCUGCAGACUGGUCAAUGGUCCCUGAGCCCUGGUCCCUGGUCCCUCUCCCCCGCCCUUCCGGCAUGUCGCCAACAUGGCCAGCCACCCCCGCUGCAGAAACAGUUAGCCCUAUAA